GACGAGUUAGUGACUGAUGGCUUGACCGCGGUAACACAGUGGACGUGUAAAACGUCUGUCUUUUCCCUUAUUUAGUUUACACAGUGAAGCUCAGGCACCAUCUUGCUUACGCCCAUCCACCUCUCCUGUGAGGCAGCAGGGGCGGGUGUGAUAGGGAUUGUGUAUGUGUGUGUGUGUGUGUGUGUGAGUGCGAAUGGUUUUCAGAUUUGAGCAGCAGAAAUAAAGGGCAGUUUCGAGGAAGUGACGGAUUAGGCUCUGGGGACUGGUCAUAGGAAGUUUGCUCGGUGGUAGUGCCGCGCUGCUGAACCAAACUUUUCCCCGUUGUGAGCGCUAGCAGCACCGAGGACCGGCGUGGAAGGACCCAGCGUCGGUGGGAAGUACACCGAGGAAUCCAUCUGUUGUCGGGAGAAAAGAAGGAGUCACUGAGGAAUUUCACUCCUGUUAAACAAUCCCCUCCCUUCCCCUCUCCUUAUUCCCCCCGCGCCUCCCGUGUGUGUAUUUUUUGGUUUUUUUUUUUUUUUGCUUGGAUUCGUGAUGGGGAAGGAGCAGGAGCUUCUCGAAGCGGCGCGCACGGGGAACCUGGCCGCUGUGGAGAAGCUUUUAUCCGGGAAGCGACAGUCAGGAGGCGCCGGGAGCGGGUUGUCUGGAGCCGGUGGAAGUAGCAACAGUGGUGGCCACGGCGCCUCCUCUCAUCCACUCUCCAGUCUGCUCAGCAUCUGGAGAGGCCCCAAUGUGAAUUGUGUGGACAGCACUGGAUACACCCCCCUCCACCACGCUGCCCUCAAUGGACACAGUGAGGUGGUGGAGGCACUGCUGCGAAACGAGGCCUUAACCAACAUUGCUGACAACAAGGGCUGCUACCCUCUCCACCUGGCUGCGUGGAAGGGAGAUGAACAUAUCGUCAAACUGCUCAUUCACCAGGGACCUUCACACCCUAGACUCAAUGAACAGAGCUCUGUAGACCAUAAAGAGUUCAAACGCUGUGGGCCCUUUGACCCCUAUAUUAAUGCCAAGAACAAUGACAACGAAACACCGCUGCACUGUGCCGCCCAGUACGGCCACUUCCAGGUGGUGCGGCUGCUGCUGGAGGAGCUGACGGACCCGACCAUGAGGAACAACAAGUUUGAGACUCCACUGGACCUGGCGGCGCUGUAUGGUCGCUUGGAGGUGGUCAAGCUGCUCCUCAGCGCUCAUCCUAACCUCCUGAGCUGUAACACCAAGAAACACACCCCCCUGCAUCUGGCGUCACGGAAUGGACACCUCUCUGUGGUGCAGGUGCUGCUGGACGCUGGCAUGGACAUCAACUAUGAGACGGAGAAAGGCAGCGCCCUCCACGAAGCGGCCUUAUUUGGCAAGAGGGAUGUGGUUCAGAAACUUCUCAGUGCAGGCAUUGAUGUAAACAUUGUUGACCAGAAGGGCCUGGCAGCGCUGGACACUGUCAAGGACAUGCCCUCCCAGAAGAGCCGAGAAAUAGCCGCUCUCAUCUUAGGUCACAUGAGUGGAAAACCCCCUGACAUUGACCUUCCCCCUCCCCCUCCCCCUCCGCCUCAGGAGAGUCCCAGCCCGCGGAAAAAAGGUGAUAUGGAGAGGGUGACUGAGUUGAUCUCGGGGCUGGCCCCGGGGCCCGAGGAGGAGAGCCCGUAUGAGGCUCUGUUCGAGGCCACCUCUUGCCACUCACUGGACAGUCUCACCAGCGGCAAAUCCUCUGACAGAGACUCUGGACGGCCGGACAGUGAAGCUGGCAAGAAAGACCGCCUGGUCCACACAUCACAUCCUGGUGCUGGUCAUGAAGACGAGGCGAGUUCAGAGGCCCUGUUUACUAACAGCAGUAUUAAUGAACGAGGUGAGGAGGAGGAGGAUCACACAUAUGAGUUGCUGCUGACUGCACAGACCAAAGUCCCACCGCCAAGCCAAGAGUCCCAGUCCAAAAAAGAUGUAAAUACCACUAUACAGUCUUCCACCAGUGUCCUACCUCAGCGUAAACCCACUGCCCCAAAUGACCUCAGAGCCCCGAGCAAGACGAAAGACACCCUGCACCCUCCCGGACUGGUGCUACCACGGCUCUCGGGAGAUAACUCCCAGCUCAGCGAGGAUCAGGAAGCAGGUGUCCCAGAGCAGUUCACUGGCCUCCUGCACGGAUCAUCUCCCGUCAUCGACUGCCGCGAGGAGGCCUUCAGGCUUCCAGGUGAUCCGCCACCCGCCCCCCAAAGUCAGCAAGAAACAAGCAAACCCGCCAAAGUAAAAGAGCAAGUAGCAGCAGCUGCACCGCAACCUAGCCGCCCCAGUAUGGCCGCCAUCCUGACGGACUGUGACCCAAAAGCGAUUUAUGCGACUGUGAAUAAGGACCACAGGACCUCGGGGGCCGGGGCAGCGUCUGCCGCUAGGAUGCACCCUCCUGGGGACCUGAAACUUGCACGCAGCCUCUCCAAGUCUGACUCAGACUUGCUCGUGUCGCCUCCCAGUGAGGAGGAAGGAGGACUGGGGAACCGAAGCGAGUCGGUAUCUAACUGUAGCACUGGCAAGAAGAGGCUUGAGAAAUCUCCCUCUUUCACUUCAGAAUGGGACGAGCAGACACAGACGACUUCUCCCACCGCAAAACAAGGAAGAUCUAAUUCCCUUGACAGCAUCGAGAAGAUCAUGACACUGAUUGGUGCUGGCAUCGAUUUUUCCAGAGAUCAGCAAUAUGCUACGCCAGGUGCCGCAGGCCGGCUGCUGGACCAGCCCGUGGGAGACUGGCUGGAGCACGUGGGGCUCCCACAGUAUGAGAGCAAGCUGCUCCUCAACGGUUUUGACGACCUGCACUACAUGGGAAGCAAUGUGAUGGAGGAUCAUGACCUGAGAGAGAUUGGAAUCACAGACCCGAGUCACAGAAAGAAGAUCCUGCACGCAGCACGUUCGUUACCUAAGGUGAAAGCGCUGGGCUGUGACGGCAGUAGCUCUCUGUCCUCCUGGCUGGAGAAUCUUGGACUGCACGAGUACUUGCACAACUUCCUGGCCAGUGGCUACCGCAGCCUGGACUGUGUCAAGAACCUGUGGGAGCUAGAGAUUGUGAAUGUGCUAAAGAUCACUUUACUUGGUCACAGGAAACGUAUCAUUGCUUCCUUAGCAGAGAGACCAUACGAGGAGCCUCCAGUCAAGCCUCCUCGUUUGUCUCAGAUCAGGUGCCAAGACUUGCCUGGAUCCCAGACCUCGUCCCCCCUCAGUCAGAUGGAGUCCUACACGGGACGUUCAAUGGACCCACUGCUGCCUAUUGCAGAGACGGGGAGGAAAAAAGUGCCAGAUACCGACUAUGAUGUUACCCAGAGAUACCGCAGUGAACGACACAGAACUCAUGAACGGUAUGAAGAACAACAUCGAGAGCCUCGUCUAACCUUGCGGCCUCCCAGUCUGGCAGCACCGUACGCCCCCGUCCAGAACUGGCAUCACCAACCUGAGAAACUCAUCUUUGAGUCCUGCGCUUAUGAAGCCAAUUACCUUGGCUCCAUGCUUAUUAAGGAUCUGCGAGGUACAGAGUCGACACAGGAUGCUUGUGCCAAAAUGCGGAGGUCGACGGAACAAAUGAGAAAAGUCCCCACCAUUGUGCUUUCGAUCACCUACAAGGGUGUGAAGUUCAUUGAUGCUGCCAAUAAGAACAUCAUCGCAGAGCACGAGAUCCGAAAUAUUUCGUGUGCAGCCCAAGACCCAGAGGAUUUGUGUACAUUUGCUUACAUCACCAAGGACCUGCAGACGAGCCACCACUACUGCCAUGUGUUCAGUACAGUAGAUGUGAACCUAACCUAUGAGAUUAUCCUGACCCUGGGCCAGGCGUUUGAGGUCGCUUAUCAGCUGGCUCUGCAGGCCCAGAGGAAUAAACACCACCACACCCUCCCUGUAGGACCAGGGUCCGAGGUCUCUGAUCUCAAGUCCAGCCGACCUGUUCCCAGACCACGCAGCAGUGUACGCAAGUCACUAACCACUACGACACAAGCUUGUGUUAAAUAUAAACGAGAUAACCUCAGGAUCUCGCCGUACAAGUCCGUCUGCAGCCUCAUGAACUCAGCAUCGUGUAAGACUGUGAAAUGUUUGUCAUCCCUUCAGUGUUAUUUGCCUUGUCUUUUUUUUUUAAUACAAACAUUUUCAACCUUUAUUUAUUCUUUAGCCCUUCCGAGCUACAUCCACACCUGUAAGCUGUUCAACCACAAACUAUUUGUGUCGGAUCAUUUUCAUUUUCUUCCUCUACUCCUCCUCCUCUUUCCCUUCUUUUUUCCCCCUUUGGCUCCUCCUGGUGGUGUUCAUGUAUCCCAGGACUCUCCUCCCCUCGACAGUCGUUGCUGUAACUGUUACUCCUGCACCACCCACCGUCCCUCCUUCCUACCACUGUACUCUUCCCACCCUGUGGCUCAGGGUGAUAUUGUGGACCAGGAGGGAGACGCUCAGUCCCAGGGCAGCGCCACGUGGCUUGUGGACCCCAAGGAAUCCAAGCGCACUAUCAGCACUAAGUAUGAGACCACCAUAUUCUGAGUGGACCCUUCUUCCUCCUGACCUCUCGACCUGGGACUGGUCUCACCCCUCUUCCUUCCCUUCUUUUUUGUGUGCCUUUCACUGUGACUCUCUCUCUGUCUUCGGGCUGCAUCCCCUCUGUCACAUCUCCACUCAGCCGUCACGUCACAUGUCCUUGCUUUUACAACACUCUGCUAGUUCAACCCCCUCCUUUCACCGUCACUCUUUUACUCACCUUUCUGUUUGCCUUGCUUUCUUUUCUUCCCCCUCAGUUAGCUUCCUGAUAUUAACUUUCAGUGAUAAGCUCUUCUUUUUUUUUUUCUUGGUGCUUUUCUUGCUCAAUUAGGCGACGGCCACUCUGAGGCUUGUCACUGAUCUUUCAACUCCUGACCCCUUGAGUGCUGGGAAAAUCUUGAUUUAUCUACAGCCAGGAGUGACCCGCAGCACUCAUCCUUGUACCUGGAUGGACGUGUUUCCCUACGGAACCGGGAAACUGGUCAUGUAAUUCUAUGCAUCAGUUGGAAGUUUGCAGAUUGUUUUUAGUUAAGUCGGGACACAGGUUUUGAAGUUAUUCAGUGGUGACACAGGAUUAGUUGAGGAGGAGGUUUUACAGUGUCAGCUGUUUACUUGGAGCCAAAAGAGGAUACGAUCCAAACACUGUGAUAUGGUCUAUUGGAGGAAUGAUUAAGGGGACUUUUCUCAUGCUGACAAAAUAAGGCAUAGAGGAUAAUAUGGACCCACAUAUUCAUGGUCCAUGAUCAAGACGGACAUGCCCUCGUUUGUCUAUCAAUCAGAACACCAGGAUCUGAACCUGAUGCUUCCUCUGGAGUGAACUUCCUAGAACUAAACACUUUUACCAAAUCCCCAAGUGUGUAAGAAUAAGUGCAUCUUUCAUCGGUCUUGUCUUUUCUCUUCUUUUCAUAACAAAUGCCUUCUUUGUUCAUCCUGUCAACAUCGCCUUUACUUUUGCCGAAAGACACUAUGUUAAUAUUUCACUGUUGCCAGUGAAAGGAGUUAAUCAUUAUGUGGGGGUUAAUCCAUCACUAUCCAUUGUCCAUUUGUUUGGUGUUAUUUCAACUUUAUUUUUUAACCUCACUCUUUUGUGUGUGUGUGUGUGUGUGUGUGUGUCCCUUCC